AUGUUAAGAGACCUUUUUAAGAGUCUUUUUUUUCAUGUUCAUGUCUGUUACAUUUAAUAAAGCCUGCCUUAUUGAUAAAAUGAAAACUGUAUUCGUAACUGUCGGAACGACAAGUUUUGAUGAUCUGAUUGGCUCUGUGACUUCAGAUGAAUCCGUGAAGGCAUUAAUCGGUCGUGGCUACACAGACAUGGUGCUUCAGGUCGGCAGAGGUUCAGUUCCUGAUCCAGACAGAUGUCCAGGACUUUCACUUCAAGUGUUUCAUUACAAAGACUCAAUCGCCGAGGACAUGAGAAACUCAGAUCUGGUCAUCAGUCAUGCUGGAGCAGGAAGCUGUUUGGAAGCACUCAGAGCAAAUAAAGCUCUUCUCGUGGUGGUCAAUGAUAAAUUAAUGGACAAUCACCAGCUGGAGCUCGCAAAGCAGCUCCAGGAUGAUUCACAUCUUAUCUACUGCACAUGCAGUACUCUGUCUCAGACUUUGAGGGAUAUGGAUCUGUCUGCUCUGACCACCUAUGUGCCUGGUCAACCGCAGAACUUCGCCAACUUUUUAGACAAGGCUGUUGGACUUGUUUGAAAGCUCUUUCUUGAACCGGGACGAUUACCGAGGAG